AUGGCGCAGCAGCCCGCGCGUCUCGUCCAGCGUGCGCGCGCGCAGCUGCAGGCACGCGUCGCGCACAAAGCCCGCGUCGCCGACGCCGGCCAGCAGCCGCAGCAUCUCGGCGCCGUCCACGCCGGCGCGCGCCGCCACCGCCGCCGCCACGCGCUGGCGCCCGACCGCCGCCGCCGGAAUGCCGUGCGCCUGCGCGAACCGCUCGGCCUCGGCGAACCGCGCGCCGCGCAGGAGCUCGACGAUGCUCAGCCGCGUGCCGCCGCCGCCGCCGCCGCCGGCGCUGCGCUCAAGCACGGCGACGCGCAGCUGCGCGCCCGGCGCCGCCACCGUGGUGAAGCCGAGGACGCUGGCGCCGUACCGGAACACGCGCGUCAGCGUCGUGCGCUCGUAGACGUCCAGCGCGCCGCCGUGGCUGAGCGCCGCCACGUGCCGCCCGUCGGCCGACGCCUGCACGCGCGCGUAGCCCUCGCCGCCGGUGCAGGCGGCGCCGACCGCGUCGCUCAGCCGGAGCCCGCCCGGCGCGGCCGCGUGCCAGCUGCUGAGGGCGCUGGCGCCGCUGCCCGCAACAGCAACGCCGCUGCCGGCAACCACGGCGACGUCGCCCACGUCGCCUGCGUGCAGCGCGCUGCCGUCUGCGCGCGCCAGCUCGACGCUGUCGACGCUGAUGGCCGCGCCGACCUGCGCGGCCCGCGCCAUGUCGCCCUGCGCAAUGGCCUCGCUGAGCGCGCGCAUGCAGAUGCCCGCAAAGCGCACGAGCCUCGCGCCGGCCACCAGCACGAGCUCCUGGCCGCUGCCCGCAAACCGCAGCGCGCUGAGCGGCGCGCCGAGCGCCUGCGAGUACACUGCGCGCCGGCUGCCCACGUGCACGAUGAACAGCGUCCCGCCGCUGUCGCCGAACGCCACAAAAAGCGCCUCUUCGCUGAGCGCCGUGCAGACAACCUCCUUCUCGUGCCUGAUCACCGCCACGCCGCUGCCGCCGCCUGCUUCUCGCUGCCCGACGACAGCACGUGGAUCGUCCGCCCGACCGUCAGCGCCACGUGCUGGUCGCCCGCCACCGACACUUCGCAGACUGUGUCGCCGGUUUCGCUCUCAUCCUCCGAGUCGCUCAGGUCCUCGCCCUCUUCUGGUGCUGCGCGCCGCCCCGUGGCCAGCGUCUCGAGCCGGUACGAGUCCAGCAGCGUGUCUCUGCCGCCGUCAAACGUGCUGGGUGUUUGUGACCCUCCGAACCGCUGCAUUUGUAGCGUCUCGUCUGCCCCGCCGCUUGUGUCAAUUUGCCAUUCGUCUGCGUCUGCGUCUGCGUCUGCGUCUGCGCUCUUGAUUAAUUUUCGCCGUUUCUGUCGUGCUUGUGCUCCUCCUCCCCUUCUGAACCAACACCGCCGUCCGCAGCACAUUCCUGAGGCCGAGAAUUGUCACCCAUCUCUAACUCUCUGUCUCCAUUCAUAA